AAUCAGGGAGAAUUAGGGUUCUCUCUCUCUCUCUCCCACAGACUGCCUUCUCUGUUUCGCCUGAACCUUGCGACUAUCGGUCGAAAUUCCUGCUGGUACGUGCUGUGAUUUGCAGCGACAAUGAAGGGUCGGGCGUAUAAGGACGAAGAGCCCCAUGGGAAGGGGGGAAGAUUCGGUGGCUCCUCAAAGCCUGUGACAAAUAACGGCAAGGCGGCGAUGAAGAAGAAGAAGAAGAACAUAAUGCGUUUGGGGGGUGGCGGUCUCUCUCUCGAAGCCUUUGCGAACAUAAAGUCGACCUCGAAUCGGAAUCAGUACAACCCUGCUCUGAUCAAAAAGCAAAGAGAGUUCUACAAAAAUGCCAAGUAUGUCAGCAAGUACAAGAAAUCCCUGAAGCAUCUAAGCGAGCAAAAUGAUCCCUUGGCCGUGAAACCUUCAGAGGACACAAAGGAAAUGGACGAAUCUAACAAGAGAAAUAAGAAGAAUAAGAAGAGUGGCUCAAGUAGUCUGAGGGAGCUGUACGAGAAGAAGCAUGAGGAGGACGAGAGAGCAAGAAAGGAGAGGGAGGCAAUUAUACAAGCAAAGAAAGGAGAGAGGGAGAAAACUGAGGCUCGGAGGAAGGCGGAAAGAGCGAAGAUGUUCAAGAAGACACGGUCUGGUCAACCUGUUAUGAAGUACAGAAUCGAGCAUCUUUUGCAGAGAGUCCAAGGCUUGAAUUAGUGCUCGGGUUGCUCCUUCAAUGGGGAGUUCGUUAUCCCCUCUCUUUUCUCUUUGGUUUCUAUACGAGGUAUGGCUAGUGUUUCUGGAGUUCUUGCCUGUGUGGAAAGUUAAACCUGAAAUUGCAAUUUUUUUUUUCUCUGUAGGAAAUGAAAGCUUGUACAUUUUCUUUUAAUAUGAGAUGGAACCUUCUAU